ACUUCGUGAGUGUAUGCAUAUCAGCAUAUAUAUAAGGCUAAACACACUGUCAGAGCCGCAACAAAACAAACCCCAGCAGCGAAACACUUCAUAACACUCACGAGACAUAGCUCCAAUGCUAGAGAUGGAAGGACACCUUCAAAACUCUCCUAAACAAGGGUAUCCUGCUUACAGAGAGGAUGAAAACAUUGAAAAGUGUGUCUUGGGCCUUGGAACUACACUGGUUGCUACAAUUGAGGAAGCAAAAGAUAGGAUUUCUCAAAUAGAACAUAUAUUCUGCAGUUAGAUCUUCCCUACUUUCCAAUUGAAAUCCGAAAACCUGCAGAAUUUUUUUCCUGAGGGCAAGAAAGCCAGGGAAGAUGCAUGUAAAGAAAAGGAAAAUGAUCUUAUACUUCCAAUAGAAAGACUUCAACACAAAAAGCAACAAGCCCUUGAAGAGAACCAGUCUCUCAAGCUUGAAUGGGGUACUUGCCAAAAUUAAAAGUCAACUACUUGAGAUUGAUGGGCGAAUGGAAUUGCAGAAUAGGUUUGUGCAUUUGGUUCCUGAAAGCAACUCUGCUAUUGUAAAUAAGGGAAAACAACUUCUAGAGUAUGAAAAAGGACAAAAGAGCUUCUUGCCGAAGUGAAUGGCGAUAAGUGAAAAGUAAAUGAGCUCCAAGAUGAGCUUAGAAGAAGGACGAAAAAGUAGUAGAGGGGAAGAAGUUGGUGCAAACAUUAGCCAAAGAUAAUGAAUGGCUUAACUCUAAAUUUUCAGUUGAUUAUCAGCUGUGGAGAGAUAAUAAAAACGAGAAUAAUAUACUUAUGGCCGAAUUGGAACAUUUCAAAGAUAAAGCUGGUAGACUCCAAGAGGAGCUUCAGAAAAAGACUCAUGAGGUUGAGGAAGGAAGACAAUUACGAGCGCAAUCGCAGCAACAGAUUGUUUGGAAUGACACUGAAAUGUCAAAGAACAAACAGUGUUUGAAGGAGUAUGAGGAAGAUAAUAACCUGCCGAUGGACAAAAUAAUUGGUUUAAAAUUGAAAAAUAAUGAAUUGAUGGUAAAUCAUGGAGGUAAAAGUGGUGAGGUGGCAGAAGGAAGGGAUUCAAUAACUUCACCUGAUCAUGGAAACAAAGUUUCAGACACUUCUGAGGCUCCUUGUGACACAGCUGAAGUGAAUAACAUCUGUUUUAAUGGAAGCUUGGAGGAUGUGAAAGAAGCCAACUUAAUUCAAGCCACAAGCUCCGACUCUCCUACUUCUAGUUUCCUCAUUGAAUCAAAUUCUCCCUCCAAUGUAAAAUUUGGCACAUUUUCUGGCACAAAGCGGGCUGCACCCUGUUCGAGAGAUACAUGGUUCCUUCAAUGCCUUGUGGAAAAAGUUGACGAGCUCGAAGAUGAGCUUACAGGAAAGAAACAAAAAGUAGCCGAUGGAAAGGUGUUUGCACAAAAUUUAGUCAAAAGGAUUGAUUGGCUUCUCUCAAAAACUUCAGAUAAUCUACAUCUAUUGAGAGAGAAUAUAGAAGACAAGGAAUUACUUAUGUCCAAAUUGGAAUGCUUGGAAGAUAAAGUUGGUAUACUCCAACAGGAGCUUCAGAAGAAGAGUCAUGAGGUUGAGGAGGGAAGCAAAUUACAAAACCAAUUACUUAAAACAGGUUUUGGCUAACACUGAAAUGUCAAAGUACAAAGCGAAGUCGGAGGAAUGUGAGAGGUGCUUCAUGUGGAAACUAUAAUUAGUUUAGAAGGGAAAAGUAAUGAGUUGCAAGUAAAUCAUGGAGAAAGGAGUGAGGUAUAAACCUGUUAGCUUGGAUGAAUUUCAUUAUUAGACAUAUUGACUUGAUUUUGUGACCUAUAAUGUUAUGGCAUAGUAAUCAACUGCAAAUCUGAACUUUUAAC